AAAAACAAACGCCGUGAUUCCCUCUGUAGAAUAAACAGCUAAACAUACAUAUUUAUGUACAUAUCAUUACAAUCUGUUGCUGGAAGUGGGGGCCCUGUGGCCGGUGGCAUCUCUAUGGUAAAGCCCCGGCCGCCGCUGUGGUUUCCUUAGGACAGCGGAACGAGUGGAAAAGCCGUUCAGUUUGGAACCGGAAGUGCUGUCUAGGAUUGCGCCCCUCCUCUCUUUGGAAAGUACUUACCAGUGUUCUUUGGAGAUAUUUGUGCAACAUAAUAAUUGCCCUUUUUGCAGUUCAUCAUGCUACCCGCCGAUUGUGCGCACAGGCUGGUUUCCCUUCUCACUCAGGCCUUGGAAGAAUGUGCAGAGAAACAGCACCAGCUGCAGCAAAAUCUAGCACGGUGUCGUUCUAUUCUUGGGGACUGGAACUCUGGAGCUCCUGACAGCCCCACAAUAAAGGACAACAGUUGUGUCAAACAAGCAAGGGAGCCCUCCUCUGAGGAGCUAAAGGAACUGGAACUACUUAGCAGAGCGCUGGAGAAAGCUUUAAAAAUCCGAACGAAAUUCCUGAGCCACGUUCCUCCAUGUGAGGCUACUGGCAGCACCAAAGCACCAGAGAAGAAACCUGUCACCCAUGUUGCUGUCAAACAGCAAGGUGUUAAUUGCAAGGAGAGCAUCUCCACGUCAAUCAAAAUGAUUCCUGUCAAGCAAAAACCUUCAUCUUCCCGAAAGCCGUCAGUGUAUGCUCUGAAACCUCCCUACCGGACUGACCUGGAAGUGAAAAGGCUACGGGGCGUAACGUCAGCCAGGCUGAAUCGCAAGGUCUCAAAGGGGUCAGAGAGGAAGUCGCCCCAAGGGGCUGCCUCCCCCAAAGCCAAGGGGCCUGUAAAAAUAACCAGAGUGGAAUGCGGAAAGAUCUCUGCAGUUGAAAAUCCCAGAAUUCUGCUGGGCAUGUCCGUCUCUGCCCAAGAUGUAAAGCACAGCUCUUUGCAUGAGAACUGUGCCAGUGAAGGGGACUUUGCAAGUACCAGGACAUCUUACUUUGAAACAGAGUCGUGUCUUUCAGGAGCUAGUGCCCCAGGGAUGUGUACAGAACCGCAGAUAUCCACACUCCAGGAAAAGGGAACUUUGCUGAAACUGCCCCUUCCAUUCAGAAAAGCGUCUUUCAGGCUCACCAGGCUGUGGGAAGACUGCUGCCUUUACCAGAUGAGCUCAGAGGCAGCUGCCGCACGGGAUCACUUUAUGGAGAAGCUGCAAGCUACCUUCUCCUCGCCUUCACCAUCUUUCAGCCUGUCUGAAGUGGAAAAGGAGCUGACAUCUCUGCGUGGCGUCUACUUCCUUCUGAGCCAAUGCGUGGGAGCUGAGAUGCCAGCUUCUCUUGGGGAAAACCCAGCUUGGGAGCGAGAGUAUGAAAGUCUCCUGGUUUUGGAGGGUCUGCAAUCCAUGAUUUCCCAGAACCUGGACAAAGCAAGCCAGCUCCAGGAAGCCGUGAAGUCCCAAGUGCAGUUUAUCUCGGCCUCUGGCAGCGAAGUGUCCUCUUCAUCUGCAGAGGGGCCCUUUCUCCAGAGGCGAAGGAGUUGCUGCCCAGAGACAUUCGAGCCGCCACCUCUGCUCUGUUACUCCAGCCUGAAAGAGCUGCAGGAAGUAGAGAGCUUGCGGCUGCAGGUGGCCAUGCUGAGCCAGCAAAUCGACAUACAGAAGGCCAUGGAAGACGAGCUGCUCCCUCUUCUCAAACCUCAACCUGCUCCACAAGGCUCGCCUGCUUCUUUGUACCGUGCCAUUUACACACUGUUGUGCGAGGGGGGCAAGCACUUCCCCGCCCUCGUCAGCGAAGAGGACUUGUCACGCUGCCUUGAACCCUGACCAAACGGCAUGCCGAGAAGCAGCCUCUGGCUACGAGUUCGUUGCCCUCCUCAGCGCUCCCCUGUGAAUGAACGGGUCUCCCAUUGUGCUGAUUGAUAACUUUCCGGUGUGCAAACCAAAUAAAAUUAUAUUCCGUUA